AUGGCCUCACAAUCCAAAGUAGAGUUAAAGAAAGAACUUGCAUUGAUCAUUAAACAGUGUGGAAUCUCAAAGCAGGACUCCUCUCUUCGCAAGUUAAAUGCCCACAUCUCGGAUGACAAUGGUAGGAUUUUCAACACCUUUUUGGGAAACUUGCUUGUCCAGGCGUUUGGGAGGUGUGGGGACUUGAGCAGCGCACGCAGGGUGUUCGAUAAAAUUUGUUUCACGAAUGUUUUCUCGUGGAAUAUUAUGAUUGCUGCAUAUGCCCAAUCUGGGCAUCUUGAUGAAGCACAAGUGUUGUUCGAGAAGGCGGUUGCAAAGAAUGCAACAACUUGGAACACUAUGAUAACAGCGUACUCGCAACAAGGUGAUGUGAAAAAAGCAAAAUCAUUGUUUGAUAGAAUGUCUUGCAAGGACUCAAUCUCUUGGAAUUCUCUCUUGAGUACGUAUGCCCGGAAUGGGCAUGGCGAGAGAGCUCUGGCUAUCUUCAAGCUUAUGGAUUUGGAGGGUUUUCCUCCGACAGAGCUCACCUUCCUCGUCAUUGUGGACGUUUGCGCAAACUACGUUGCAAAGAGAGAUGGAAGAAUCAUCCACUCGUGCAUCCAAAGCCAUGGCUUACAAACCAAAGUGAUGGUUGCAACAGCGCUACUCAACAUGCAUGCAAAGUUUGGAGACGUGGAAACUGCGAAGCAUAUGUUUGAUACCAUGCCAGAGAAGAAUGAGAUUUCCUGGAAUGCAAUGCUUGCAGCGUACUCUCAAAAUGGUUACCUCCACGAAGCUCUCGAUCUCUUCCAAAGGAUUCAAAAUCGAGAUGUUGUUUCUUGGAACACUCUGAUUGGGGCAUACGCCAGCCACGGCUUGAAGAGAGAAGCUCUCACUGCGUUCAUGGAAAUGGAGAGUAAGUUUUCCAUCGCUCCGAAUGUUGUUACCUUCGUUAGCUUGCUGGGUGGCGUGAACUUUGAUCUGGCGGAGGUAAAGUCGAUCCACGCUAGAAUUGUGAGCUCCGAGCUUCGAUCCGAGAUGAAAGUGGCUACAGCUCUUCUCGAGUCGUACGCUCGCUGUGGCAGUCUGGUGGAUGCUAGGAAGAUCUUCGACAGUAUUCCUCGCAGCGACACGAUUCUCUGGAAUGUGAUGCUCGCGUCUUAUUCCUCCCUGGGUGAUUCCAAGCAAGCCAUUUACCUGUUUCGGAUGAUGAGCAUUGAGGGCCUGAUGCCAAACGAUCUCACGUUCACAGUCAUUCUCUCGGUGUGUAGCCACGCGGGACUCCUGCGGAACAGUCUCGAGUUUUUUAGCUUCAUGAUAAACGGAUGUGAAAUAAAAGCUUCCGAAGAACAUUACCACUGCUUGAGCGAUCUGUUUGGAAGAGUAGGAUGGGUGAGUGAGGCUCGCGACUUGUUUAAGCAGCUCCCUGAUAACGUUGCUUGGACAUCUCUGGUCGCUGCCUGUAAAAUCCAUGGAAACAUUACAAAAACAUGA